AUGAGCUUGUCUAAAGCUACACCUGCCUCGCCCGUUGAGGCUGUCUAUUUCGGCGUCGUAGACUGUGUUUUUAAAGAAUUACAGGCCGGCGGUUUCUCUAUCAUCGAUAAGAACACUGCCGAAGCGUUCGUAGUGGCAUGGAAGGAAGGUAUAAAGUUACGACUGGAAAAUCCUUCGCCGUUUUCUGCCCGGGGUGAAACACGCAAGCAACGUCGAUUGACAUCGAGCGCUAGACGCUCCGACCAAUCAUGCCGGCGCGAAGUCCUACCAGAUCAACACGACGAUGAUGACUUUGAAGAUGCAAACGUCGACCAACCGUCAGAGCCGCACCUGCAAGACUCACUCGGAAUAAACCUUGCGGAGGAGGAGAUCAGAUUUUUAUCGUCAGCAGGGGGAAGAGCGGCGCCGUCUUUAGAGGACCUCACAGAUGUGGACUCGCGGGAAAUCGUGCAGGGGCAUAUCCUAGGAACUUUCGAAAAGGUGACGCGUCCUGCCGAAACGGGAAAGCGUCUGUCCGACACUCGACCAGCUUGCUGGACACUUACGGUGAAAAACGGAGUCAUGAAGGUUUCGGGGCGCGAAUUCGCCUUUGAUAGACUCGAAGCGGAGGUGAAAGAGAGCUGA